CGCCUGACUGGACCAGAACCCGCUCUGCCCGCCGACCUUCACGCAGGAAACUCCGUUUAGUUCCGCUACACAGAAAUGAAGUCACCUGUCGGCCAACAUGAGAGCCAAAUAAGGAAGCGGAACUCGACCUGAACGGAGCUUCCAGGUUGCAGAGAUGGGAACGUCAGUGGCUUCAGAUCUGAGCAUCAGAGAGAUGAAGAAGAAAAUCACCAUCAUUCUGGCGCUUUCUGUGUUAUUCACUCUGACGUGCUUCACCGUCUUUUUACUCCACAGCAAAGACACUUCUUUGGUUUUUCCUUCCUUGCCACAACAGGUGGUGAAAGGAAGCAGGAGCGUUUUUGGAAAGAUGAUGGAUCAUAUUCGGGUAAAGAAGAUCCCAGGCGUCUCCCGGGAAACAGCAGCCACCUCGGCUCAACCGGCUCCGCCUCUGGAUCCGUGUCCCGACUCGCCUCCGUCUCUGGUGGGUCCGGUUCUGGUUGAGUUUGAAACUAUUCGCAGUCUGCAGUGGGUCCGGAACCAGCUGGGGUCGGUGCUGCAGCAGGGAGGCCGGUACAAACCCCCGGACUGCACCGCACGGCAGAAGGUGGCUGUCAUCAUCCCGUUCAGAAACCGGUAUGAACACCUGACCCACUGGCUCUACUACCUCCAUCCGGUCCUGAUGCGUCAGCAGCUGGACUACGGUGUGUACGUCAUCAACCAGGACGGAGACGGAGCGUUCAACCGGGCCAAGCUGAUGAACAUCGGAUUUGUUGAAGCACUGAAGGAAUACGAUUACGACUGUUUUGUCUUUUCUGACGUAGACCUGGUACCAAUAGAUGACAGAAACCUCUACAGAUGUUCUGACCAUCCCAGACAUUUAUCUGUGGCUAUCGAUAAAUUUAACUACAUCUUAUCCUCAGUAACAGCCUUCGGUGGCGUCUCCCUGCUGACAGAGGAGCAGUUCCUUAAAGUCAACGGUUUCUCCAACACUUUCUGGGGCUGGGGUGGCGAAGACGACGACCUGUACAACAGAAUCAUCGUAAGAGGAAUGUCCAUAACUCGGCCGGACGCUGGGAUUGCAAAAUACAAAAUGAUCAAACAUGGAAGAGACUUGCACAAUGAGGUGAAUCCAGAAAACGCUGUCAAAACACAAAAAACCGCACAGAAUAUCGAGACUGAUGGACUAAACUCACUCAACUUUACAGUGAAGGAGAUUUUGAAGGACGUCUUGUUCACUUUAAUCUCUGUGGACGUUCAGGCUCCAUGACAGUGAUUUAAACACUGGAUCUUACUUGAAAUGGUGGCAGCUAUGGCUUUGUUCCGAUAGGUGUGUAUGUUUUCCUGAACGAGGCCUGGGUUCAUUAUCUUGGAAAAUAACAAUCAAGAUGUGAAAGUGUAAGGUAGCACAAGUUAAAUGUAUGAACUUUGGUUACCAGAAAGCACAGAUACUUUUUACCCAACUGAUUUUCUCAGCCAACAACAAGUUGUUUUUCAUGCUGGUUACAAACACAAUAACACAUAUUUAUGCAUAAAUAAGAUACUGAUCAUGUAGAGUUACAUUUUUUGUGGUCAGAUUCUGUCUGACUGAUAAAGAUGUGAGUAGCUCGAGAAGAAAGCUCCACAUUUGGUAUGUUACGAAACAGAAGUGGUUUUUAAUGACGUGU